CAUGUUUUUCGCUUUUACAAUGAAAGGCGUAUUGUUUUAGUGUUUGGAAAACGAUCUCUCACAAGAUAAAAUAUGAAUUUGGGCAACAGCCAGACCUGGACAGCCAUCGAGCCAUGGUUGAGCUCCAGCGGCUGCUUGGUCCAGUCGAACCAGGGGAAACUGGUCCGUAGCAAUGCCUCAACCGUGGUCAUUGAUGCCCGGUUCUCUGCCUCGGUGACCGGCAUGCCCAUCAUGCUUGCCUCCCCCAUCAAUGGCGCCCGCUGCUGUUGGAUUACGUUUCACGGUUUGCUUAUCACUGGGUUUGCAACAUACCUUGUGGUAAUAACAACCCGCGAACUGGCAAACGUGCGCGAAGCAAAACGCGCUAAACCGGGACCUAAGCCUAGUGCUGUGUUGGAUUAUUUCGAAGAAGUCGGUGACUAUAGCUCUAGCUCCAAGCGCUAUGCUCGCAAGUGCAAGUUCAUCAAUGUUGAGGCAUUGCUGCGGACCACUUUCCCCUGGUUCGACUGGACCAAGCAGCCGCUGGAGCUCAACCCUGGCCAGAAGGCGAUGUCGUUCGCCGUGGGGGAGUGAGGAGGCUUUAGGGGGGUGUGGUCUGUCGUCUGUGGUGUUGGCCUGACACCCAAGCUAUCUCUAUUUGGGCUGUAGUAUUUGUGAUAAUCACGGUUUGUUAGGAAUGCUAGAAUGCAGACGCGAAUGUGUGCGCACAUGGCUCGAUGGCUGUCCAGGUCUGGCUGUUGCCCAAAUUCAUAUUUUAUCUUGUGAGAGAUCGUUUUCCAAACACUAAAGCAAUACGCCUUUCAUUGUAAAAGCGAAAAACAUG